AUGGCGGCGACGACGACAUCGGAGAUGAACAACAAUGAUCUUCCUUUCUCCGUAGUAUCGAUCGUUGAAGAUGUUCUUCAACAGCAUAGUACCCGAUCAAGCGACGUCGAUGAGGAAGCAGAAGAAAACAGUCCGUCCCAGGUUGUAGAAGAAAAGUUUCAAAGGACACAUUUUGAACAUUACGAAGAACAAGAGAUUCUUCGGAAUCAACAAAAACACAUCCAGGAGUUGAAGCAAACCUUAAACACUACAAAAGCGGGAAUGCAGUUACUGCAGAUGAAGUAUCAAGAAGAUUUCUUUCACCUAGGCAAGCAUUUAAAUGGUCUAGCUUAUGCGGCUACGGGAUACAAAAGGGUUCUUGAAGAAAACCGAAAACUGUACAAUCUAGUGCAGGAUCUAAAAGGAAACAUACGGGUGUACUGUCGGGUCAGGCCUUUCUUGCCUGGGGAACCAACUGGUUUGAGUGCUGUGGAACACAUAGAAGAAGGGACCAUCACGAUCAGAGUGCCAUCAAAGUAUGGGAAAGCAGGGAAUAAACCAUUUAUGUUCAACAAAGUCUUUGGCCCUUCUGCAACACAAGAGGAAGUGUUUUCAGACAUGCAGCCUUUGGUACGGUCAGUUCUUGAUGGCUACAAUGUCUGCAUCUUUGCUUAUGGCCAAACCGGGUCAGGGAAAACUUUCACCAUGACAGGGCCUAAGGAGCUGACUGAAGAAAGCCUAGGUGUGAACUACAGGGCACUGGCAGAUCUGUUUCUUCUAUCAAAUCAAAGAAAAGACACGACCAGCUACGAAAUUUCAGUUCAGAUGCUGGAGAUUUACAACGAGCAAGUCAGAGAUCUUCUUGCAACUGAUGGCCAGACUAAAAGGUUAGAGAUCAGAAACAACUCUCAAAAUGGAAUUAAUGUGCCGGAAGCAAGUUUAGUGCCUGUCUCAUCGACGGAUGACGCUCUUGGAGAUGUCAUCUCCUCGCUUUCCCAGAAGACUUCUCAUGUGCCUUACAGAAAUAGUAAACUCACUCAGCUUCUGCAGGACUCCCUCGGAGGAUCAGCCAAGACGCUUAUGUUUGUCCACAUAAGUCCAGAAGCUGACACUCUCGGAGAAACUAUUAGUACUCUGAAGUUUGCUGAACGAGUGGGAAGUGUUGAGCUAGGCGCUGCUCGUGUGAACAAAGAUAACUCAGAGGUUAAGGAGCUUAAAGAACAGAUUGCUAAUCUUAAGAUGGCUCUAGUGAGGAAAGGAAAUGGUAAUGAUGUACAACCAAACUCUAUACCAACCAACCGUGAGAGAAUAUCGAGAAGAAGAUCACUUGAAACUCCUACUAUUCGACCCAAAUUACCUACUAUGGGAAACACAUCAAGCAACAGUAAGCCCCAGAUCAUGGAUCUAAGUGGACCAGAGGCUUUUAGCGAUUCUACUGCAUCUUCAAGAAGACACAGCUUAGAUAUCCAUGAGCUUAUGAAAUCUUCUUCUCCGGCUUGGCCGAGGCAAUCACUCGAGGAUAGAGAAUCUAAGUCAGGGGAGUGGAUCGAUAAGCACGAAGAACUAAUUCAAGAUCAUAAUCCGAAUUCUGCUGAGCAGUUUUACCAGUCAAUGGUCCCUCAACAACAUUCACUAAAUGGUGGGAAACAAGAUUUCGAAGUGCAGAGUAUUACGGAUAACGAAUCUGAUGAAGCCACAGCAAGCGAUUGCUCAGAUUCCGAUUUGCUGUGGCGAUUGAGCGUUCAAGUGAAUGUUCCCAGAGUUUCUAAUGUCCAAAACUCAGCAAACCCCAAACCAAAGAAAAUUCAGCCAAGAACUGCCAAACUCUCAGAAACUAGAAGCUUAAUUCCAUCGCUGAUCCCAGCACCAAGCAAGAGACUUCCUAACACAGUAAAUUCGCAGCCGCAGCGACCAACCAGAGAUGGGAAACGCAGACUGAGUUUAGGCACAUGAACAUGUUUUCUCACCAGUUUUGUAAAGAGUUUUUAAAGGAAGGAGACAAAAAGAUUUGUUAUUUGUAUAUUGCGAGAGCUUUCUCUGUUUUGGCCGCUCUUAUUGUGUCAUUAUGAUAAAAUCUCAAAUUUGUUGCAUUGAGUGUACAAAGAAGGAUUCCUUAUUAUACAA